AUGUUUUGUUUUUUGGUCUUUUUUCAUAUUGUGAUAACUUAUCAACAUUUUCUUGUCAGUAAAGAUGGAACACCAUUAACGGAUUUUAUUCAAGAUCAUGUCGUUGUUGAUACACCAUUAACAAUAGCUGAUCGAUUUUUUGUUAAAAAGUAUAAUUUUGUUUUACUUAAAAAGAUUAUUUCAACAAUUCUUCUUUAUAUUCAAUCAACUGAAGAAGCACAACUUAAUAUCGAUAGUAAAUCAAAAUUUUCAAUGAAAGUAAGAAAUUCAAAAGAAAAAGGAAAACAAAAUAAUAAUUAA